CUAAAGAGAUUCUCUUUGUUUGUUCGAUUUCGAAUUCUAUCAGUGAGAAAAAAAAAAAAAAACCUAAAAUUUUGAGAUUAUGGAGACGAAGAUGACGAAACUGGUUCGGGUUGUGGCUAGGGUUAAACCCUCCACGGAUCCGUCGUCAACAGGAUCAAUACUGAUCCAAAAGCCGGUGGGUGAAGAUUCUGAGACUGUUACGAUUUCGUUUGGAGUUCAAUUCGCUGGUUCGAAAGACUCGUAUAAGUUGGACUACUGCUACGAAGAAAGUGAAGCUACUGAUUUGAUUCUCACUAAGGAGAUAAAACCUCUUAUCUCUAGUGUCUUUGAGGGUAGAGAUGCUAAUGUUAUUGCCCAUGGAGCAAGAAGUAGCGGAAAAACACAUCUAAUCCAGGGAAAUGAGAGUGAGUUUGGUUUAGCCAUCCUGACAAUGUCUGAGAUGCUAUCCAUGGCUGAGGAAAAAGGAAACUCAGUUUCCGUAUCGGUUUACGAGGUUUCUCAGGAAAUUGUGUAUGAUCUCUUAGACCAACAGAAGCGAGUGGUUACUGUACUAGAAGGUGCACAAGGGAAAAUUCAACUCAAGGGACUUUCACAGGUACCUGUCAAGUCUCUCUCAGAAUUCCAGAACUUAUAUUUUGGUCUCAAGAAAACUCAGAAGCUGAGUAGUGACCCUCCAGUUAGGAGUCAUAAAGGUCUGAUGAUACAUGUUAUCAGUGCCAAUGCAGACUCUCAUGGGAGGAUGAACUUUCUUGAUAUGGCAGGAUAUGAGGACUCCAGGAAGCAAAACAGUGCUCUAGGUCCUCUAGAGAUUGCCAGGAUAAAUAAGUCGAUUUAUGCAUUACAGAAUGUCAUGUAUGCGCUCAAUGCCAAUGAAUCUCAUGUACCAUAUCGGGAGAGCAAACUCACUCGCAUGUUGAAGGAUUGUUUACAAGGAUGCAACAGAACAUUGCUGAUCACUUGUUUGCCCCGGGAAUUUAGCCAAGACUCCUUUUACAUGCUAAACUUAGCAUCACGGAUCUGUCAAGGCGGUAACCGAGCCAUGAAUAAUACUACUAAGAAGAAGAUCAACGGUCUUGAAAAAUCUGUUUCACUAUCCUCUGCUGCUCAAAGGAGACAGACACCUUUGACUGUGUCUGCUACUAAUAGAAAACAGACAGUACUAAGGGGAAAUGUGACAGAGAGAAAGACUAAAAUCAACACUGCUGCUUCUGCACUUAAAGCAAGGAAACUGUUUGGUGAAGCGAAUGAUUCGGCGAGAUGUAAAACUAGCUCGAAGAAGAUGGAAGGCAAAGCAAAGAUGACACUUAAAAAGGAAAUCUCCACCUCGAAGGUUAUCUUGAGCGUUCAAGCCUCCUCAUCAAAAGAAGAAGUCUGUUCAUAUUUUACUGUUACAGAUUCUCAAUCUUCUUUGGUUGAAGAGAAUUCUCUGGCUUACUCAUGUUCAGCAGUAGCCAUGGAACCGAGCUAUUCAACAAGCGUCUCUUUAAGCUCUGAAGUUGUUGAUACUACAGAUAAGGAGACACCCCGGAAACAUGAGGAAAAGGUUUCAGGAGCCACUCAAUGUGAUGAUGCUGUUGCAGACAAAGUACAAAUAGUAGAGUCAGGGGUAGAGAGAGAUGACAACAAUUCAGUCACUGGAGAAGAUCUCCCUCUGGUGGUUAAUGAAGGUGAAAACCUGGACAAAGAAAACAACAGUUUGCUAGGCAACGAAACUGCAUCACCACCGCUUAGCAUCCGACUUCAAAAUCUGUCAAACAAUUUGAAGUCGAUAUGCAAAAUUUCAAACCAACUAUCAGUACCUGAGAAAUAUCAAACUCCCUUCACUGAAUCUCAAGCAGAAGAAGCAUUAGAGCACAGUGAUAUUACUGCUGAAGCUGUUGUCAGUCUAGAGCUAAGAACGCCUGAGAAAUCUAUGCCUUCCAACGUUGACUGCACUCCUUGGAAGACAUAUAGCGCACACAGCUCUAAACUAAAGAACUCUGCUGUUGGAGAUUACCUGAAGUUCAUAAACACAGCUGGAAAGGAAGAUCUAAAGAAGUUAAAGGGUAUUGGCGAGAAAAGAGCAACUUACAUAGUUGAGCUCCGCGAUGAAUCUCCAUUUCACACGCUUGAUGAUUUGCAAGGCAUCGGACUUUCAGCAAAACAGGUUAAGGGACUGCUUAAAAAAGAGAUUGGGGAUAUUUUCGAUUAGUCGAAGGAUCUGAAGAUAUUUAUGAUGAUGGUUUCAAGAGAUUACGAGGCAACACGACGUUGCUCCUACUGAGAUCGAAGUUCUAUAUACUAGGCCAAAGUUGUUGAAUGUGUAAUUUGUGGUGUCAAAUACUUAAAUUAAGUUUUUAAUCGUGACUUACUACUGUUGAAAGAUUUGCGUAUGUAUGAAGAGUGAACAACCGUUUCAUUGUUUUAGUGGUGAAAAAAAACUUUCAAUCUGUA